AAAUGUACUUUUUUCCAGGACUAUCAGGCACGCCACCGAUUCUGCCUCCCAAACAAACACGCCUCUUCUACUGCUCAUUUCAGGAAGGAGAUUCGAACUGCUUGUUUUAUCCACAAGGAUCUGCAACAUGGGAAUUCGUAAGAACAAUUGAUGGUAUUAUACUGAGCACAGUUGUUCAGCAACAACAAAGUGCUGUGGCCAAUUUUCAGCAGUGGAUAUAUGCAAGAAAUGGAUCUUGUUUAAGACUGAAUAUACGAAAAGGUCCAAACGUCGAUGGUGAUUUUGAUGCCAGCGUUUUGAAACUUGAGUUUGAACGACAAAAUGGGAAACGAGCGAUUCAGAUUUUCUCCUAUCCACCUUGGCAAUUUGUUAAAAGCUCCCUACCAAUGGGUUUCGAAGGAUAUUUUAAGUUGAGCAUAAAGAUGAGCGUACCAGCCGGUGCUCCUCCACAGUUUUUUGAAAUCAAAGAGAUUGAAUUGGAUGGCGAACCUUGUAAAAGUGAUGCACGCUCUGAGCACACAUAA